CAACUCUUCUUUUUUCACAUUCUCUUUCUCUCUCUCUCCCUCUUGACAGACAAUGAAAAGUAGAACCUCUCCAUCCUCUUCUCUUCACAAUUAUGAUCCAAGAGUUACAAGGAGGCGAAUUGGUGAUAAUCUCUCUGGUAUAACCCUCAAAUCUCCCAUGGUUAGGCCUUAUGUUCGAUCAAAAAUGCCUCGCCUUCGAUGGACUCCUGAUCUUCACCACUGCUUUGUACAUGCAGUCGAAAGGCUUGGCGGAGAAGACAGAGCUACUCCGAAGAUGGUUUUGCAGAUAAUGAAUGUGAAGGGCCUCACCAUAUCUCACGUAAAGAGCCAUCUUCAGAUGUACAGGAGCAUGAAGCAUGAGCAGAUGAUACAAGAAGCAGCUAUUGCAGCGAAGAAGAAUGAGAAGGCAAGUGGGAUUCACCAUUCAAACUAUUUUUCACACCUGCUAGACUCGACUUGUUGCCAGCAGAAUCAUCAGUUGAAAGAAAAGGGAUUCAUUAACAAUGCAUCUGUACUCUAUCAAGGCCAUGGAGCUCAAGAUAGCCCCACCAACAGGGUUGCUCUUAUGAACACUACCAUGUCAGUACAAAGGAAACAAAAGGGAGAAAUGUGGAUUGGCAACAAGUCGCUGACUGAAUCAUUCUCACAUGAACAAGUAAAAAGCAAGGAAUGGGAGCAGAAGAGGACUGAUUCUUAUAUCAUCUUCAACGACAUUCUUCUCAAAAGAUGCACUACUCAAGAGUCCAAUGGAGAAGAUAAUAAUAUGGCAUCAUCAGUAGAUGGUACUGAGUGGGAUAAAAAUCAUGAAGAUUUUGUUGAGAUUGCAAAGAGAGAAGAAGCUGACAAAAUGUCUUUAUUACUAAAGCCCAAAGCAUCAGUUGAGUCAUUGUUGAAGCUCAAGAAAGCUGAGAAUUUAUAUGUGGAAGAUGUUUCUCUUGAGCUCACUCUUGGUUAGAAAAAAAAAAAAAA